AUGGGUCGCUAUCAUGUAAAAUCAGGGUCUAUCUACGGUUUUCAGCGGCCAAAUACAUUCGAGCGCAUGAAGGCUCACGACUACGAAUCUGCUCGCGAACAUAAUGUGUAUUACCCAUUUUCUGGGAGGGAUGAAUGGGAACUCGCUAAGUUUCUCAUUGAGAAUCUGAAUCAGGGACAAAUAAGUCGGUUUUUGAAGCUAUUAUGGGUCACACGGAAACCACCUUCAUUCAAAACUGCGCUGCAACUAAUCACCUUCAUGGAUGCCCUGCCAAAGGGACCGCCGUGGCGCUGCACAACAAUUGAGACGGACGGUUACAUUACUACUCACCCUGUGCACCUCAUCUGGCGUGAUGCCUUAGAAGUGACAAAGCACAUAUUCGGUAAUCCGAUUUUCGCCAAUGACAUGGAAUUCGACCCAUAUGAAAUAUUCGUUAAUGGAGAACGGGAAUAUGGUGAGUGGAUGUCGAGUUCACGUGCGCAUGAUAUCCAGGACGAGCUUCCGCGGGGUGCUACCAUUGUGCCUAUUGUUCUUGCAUCAGACAAAACUCCGGUAACUCGACAAACCGGAGGUCUCGAGAUGCAUCCAACAUUCCUUACCAUCGCCAAUAUCCGAUCUGACAUUCGCAUGAAAGCUACUGCUCACGCAUGGUCGUGCAUCGCGUACAUGCCCAUUCCCCAGUACAUUUGCAAUCCCGAAUUCUCUUCGCUCUUGCAAGCCCGUAUGUGGCAUCGGUGCAUGGACAUAGUCUUCGAAAAUCUAAAGCAUGCAGCCGCUGUAGGCACAGAUAUGGUGGACCCAUUGGGUCUCUUACGCUACGCCUUUACCCCCUUGUUGUAUGAACCUCGUGAUGGCCAAGGCACACUCACGACGCUUGAAGAACUUGGCCGGCGUAUCGACCCCUGGAAGGUCCAGGAGUUUCAAGAAGCAGCUAAAGCAUUACAUCUCAAUGGAGUGCAGCUUCCCUUCUGGCGCGACUGGCGCUUCGCUAAUCCGGCUAUUUUCCUUGCGCCCGAGCUUCUACAUACUUGCCACAAAUUUUUCUUCAAUCAUAUCCUCAAGUGGUGCAAGGAAGUUGUUGGGGCUGAUGAACUCGAUACUCGCUUUCGUUUGCAGCAUAAACGUAUCGGAACCCGUCACUUCGGGCAAGGUGUCUUGCAUGUCCAGCAGAUGACCGGCCGGGAACAUCGGGACAUUCAACGCACAAUUGUGCCCACAAUUGCAGGCGUCGCCGAUCCUGAUUUUGUCCGUGCUGUGCGUGCACUUGUUGAUUUCAUUUACAAAGCGCAGUCUCCAACUUUCACUCCGACAUCGAUCGCUGACAUGAUCUCCUCGCUCCAAGAGUUCCAUGAAUUCAAACCUGCAAUUCUCCAUGCUGAGGCUCGUCGUGGAUCAUCGGGUCCCAUCGAGCAUUUCGACAUCCCCAAACUCGAGCUCUUGGCAUCGUUUGCUCGAGCCAUCCCCCAGCUUGGCUCUAUCAUACAAUAUACUGCUGAUGUUAGUGAGCGUAUGCUCAUCACACAAUGCAAAAAUCCAUUCGAGCGCACCAGCCACCAGCGUGCAACGUUUACCCAGCAAGUCGUCCGUCUCUUAGACCGGGAAGAAACUGCACGCCAGUUCGACCUCUAUGCCCUCCUCCGCUCAAACAACAUGUCCCUCAACAACCUCAUUGUCAACGAAUUUGACGAAGUCGUUGACAUGGACCCCAUGUUGGGCUGGAUCCUGUGUGUUGCUCCUGAAGAAUUGUCUCGUUUUCAAGGCCCACGUCCCGUUCGCAAUCAUUUCCUCAAAGGUUUGCUGUCCGAAGACAGCAAGAUCGCCUUCCACAUCACAGUAUCUAGUGAUCACACCAACAAGACACCGCUUUUUUUGGCACACUUAUACCAGCUUCCUGACUUCCCCUUGAAGCUUCGCUCCUUCAUAGAAGGGAGUAUCAAUCAUGUGCUCACAACCCACUUCCAGAACCGUCCGCUCAACGUCUGGAACAAGUUUCGUCUUCAGUUGCAUUCGACGUUGCGUCCGCGUCUCGUCAUGCCGAGCCAGCAAGUACAAGCAUAUCCGCCAUCUACCAACUAUCCUCUUGGAAAUUGCGAUGCUGUCCUGCUGCAGAUGCACAAUGAAAAUGCCAUUGUAGCUCAAGUUCGCAUGGUGUUCGGCUUGUCAAAGAAAGGCCCACCGUUGCCUGCUGAACUUGAUCAAAUCUUCCUCUAUGUACAGCUCUUCGAAGUCGUCGCACGUCCUCAAGAUGAUGUUGGAGUCAUGAUGUUCCGCGUCAAGCGCCAUUUUGUGACCGGUCCUGAUGGCACACAAGUGCGGGUUGGCAUGAUCAUUCCUCUGCUCGAUGUUACCCAUGCGAUCGAGCUCAUUCCUGUUUACGGGGACAGAGCUAAUCGUGCUGUUAAAUCUUCGACGUGUUUGGAACGCUAUGAUACCUUCUAUCUUAACAAUUUUUCAGACAAGGAAUGGUAUCACACGCUACAUACAGACUUUAUGUAG